GUUGCGCGCAGACGACGACGAAUCGUCUGCUCGUUUCUCCCUCGUUGGAAAGAUUCGCUGUUCGAAAACUAUUCGAAUAAGUUGUAUGACUCAUUUCCGGAGGUGGUUUAGUGAAAUUUUCCAAAUAAACCGCAUCAUCUUUGUGCAGUAAACUUAAGGAUUGAUUACAAUUCAAUUUUCACAUCCAAAAAUUGGGUUUCAGCAAAUGUUUAAAAUAAUUUUAAUUUCAUCGAAAAAUCAUAAUUUCACGUCUACAGUUGAAAAUGUGUCAACUGGCUGCAUGUGCUAGAAUUUAAGAAUGUGCUGUAAAAGGUAGAAUAACCGUAUUUCACUGAAUGCAUAGGUGGAAAAAGAUAUUUAUUACUUUAGCCACGCAGCUGAAUGAAGAAACAUAGCUGCAAUAACGCAGAAGAAAUAACGGCAGCUAUCGUAUACUAGUGCUCGGUUUAUUCACGUCCUUACAUAAAUCCUGUUUACCUAGAAUCUGUACAAGAGUGGUCUUCCAACGGAUAUUACACGUAAUAUCGGAGCUCGGAGGAUUACUAGAUUAAACCAGAAGGCUUAACAAUUCUUUCUUGGUAUAUUUCUUUGCUGAUAAUAAAAGCUAAUCGGUUUCUUCAAAAAUGAUGGUGACUAGAAAGUAGUUUAAUGAUUGCAGAUCUAGUAAAAGACUCAGCAAGACAUGGUAAUAAAAACAGGAUCAUGAAAAGUUAUACCGCACGUCGGGAAAGAUUAUCAUCCGGAUGCUGACAAAAAGGAAUGGGAACAGACAUUCCGCUGUGGAUCGGUGGACUUCAAAAGUGGGUGACUGGUGUUAAUAAGCAUACAACUUGUGAAGAAAUCAUCAAAGCAGUUCUCAGUUCCAACGAGAACCAUCAUCAUCACAGCAAAAGCGGUGGAAAGAGUCACCACCGCGAUCCCAAAUAUUACGUCAUUGUCGAGCGUUGGCACAAAGUGGAAAGACCUCUGGAUCCCCGCUCCCGGCUCCUCAAAGUGUGGAACACUUGGGGUCUGGAGCAAUGUAACGUUCGAUUUCUUCUGAAGCGAGCCCAUCAUGCGCAAACGUCAUCUUCCACUCCUAGAGACAUUAAAUCUCACAGGAGAAAGGUCAGCACAAGAUCGGUUAAGACCUGGCAUCCGAGAAAACUCAGGUCCGAAUCUGAAGACGAUGGCAGCGUUGGUUGCUGUUUGGAGGACGAUGAUCAGUUUCCUGCUACUGAGGAACAGUUGAAGAACCUCAUAGCCUCCCAAAAUGAUGCAAUUACUUCUCAACUGAAGAGACUUCGUGAAAAAGACGAAGAAAUCGAAGUGAUUGAGAAUGAGAUUCACACGCAGAGAAUGCACCAAAUUGGUGUUAACUACGUUCUCGAUACAUAUCUAGCUGAAACAAGUGAAGGGGACACCAGCAGCUCUGGUGGAAAGAAUAAUAGCAAUAGUGUUCAUGCAAAUGAAAAAGUUAAAAAUGAUACUAAACCUCAGCAUUCAAAAAGUGAUAAACAAUCUGCUGAAUCGAGCGAGACAGUCUGUGAUAUUUUAGAUCAUUGCAUCGAGUUGUAUGAGAAGGUUCUACAAAUAUGUGAUCAGGUCCAUCAGGAGGAAUUGACUAUUAAAGAGUUGACAAAUAAAAUCCAAAACAGCAUCAAAUUGAAGGACAGUGCGAAAUUGGAAUGUAGAAUCCUGUUGGAUGAUGAUCCUGAAAUUGCAUAUGCAGGCCCUGAGAGGUUAGAUGAAAUACUGAAGAGAACCAAACGUGAUAUUGAACGACUGCUUCGAAUCAACCAAACUCAACAGUUAACUAUUCAACAAAACGACCAAACUCUUGUUGAGUGUACAAAAAUUAUCGAAGACAAACAUUACUAUUUGCAACAGCUCAGGACCGACUUAGAACGACUCGAUAAAGAUAAUGUCAGGUUACAGGAAGAGUUUUCAUCCGUGCAAGUCGUAUCUGUGGACCGAAAUGUUUCUUGUGAUAUUCCUGAAAAUGGGGAUAGUAACUCAGACACAGGUUUAAGCUCUCUUCAUAGUAGUAGUGACGAUGGCGCAAAUGUAUUGGACACUUUGGUUUAAGGCUUGACAGAGAAAUGACGCGCCAUUUUCGUUGUAAAUUAUUAAUAUGAUAAAUGUCAAAUUUAUAUAUUUCUACAUAACUAAGAGAUUUUCCCAUAAUAAUAAUGACUUUCAGUUAAAAUUAUGGACAAAUAAAAAAUCUUUCUAUAUAAAUAUUGUUUUAAAUACCAAAUUUAAGGAGAUUUGAACGCAUAUUAAAAGCCCAUUAAAGUAGAAAAAAAAACAGUUAUAUAAACUAUUUUUUCUUUCUUUUUUUGUAGUUGUUUUGUAGUAAGUAAGGCUAUAUUGCAGCAAUAAACAUAAUAUAUAAAACCAUUAACGAUAUUUGGGAAAGUUUUGCUAGUUUUCUAGCAAUAAUUGUUGAAAGUCAUGCUGAUUAAAUUUGCAAGUUUUUACUAAUUGAAUCACUUUAUUAAUGCCUGCGUAAAGUGUUUUUUUCUCUCUUUUUUUUCAGACUUCUUAAAGUUUUUUUUUUUCUGAAAUCAUUGCACUUAAAAAAAAGUCUUCCAAAAUCCUUUGAAAUAAGUCGCCCACCAACAAAUACAAUAUGCACUGUCAAAAUAGAAAAAGCAAAAAAUUAAGUCUUUUUUUUUUCCUUCUCUUAAAUGAGGGAAUAAAUUUUUUUCUUCUCUUGAGUUUGCGUUAUUCUGAAGAAAAAACAAAAAAUCUUUAAAUGUAUAACCCAAAUAUAUUAUUUUGAUCUGUAUAUAUUAAUUAUGAGCUUUUUCUCCCUUUGAUUUUCGGAAUUUAUUUUCCAAAAUUGCAACAUUUCGCUUUUACAAAGAAAGCGAUUGUAAAUAAAGUAUAUACCAAUGAUUCAAAGAGAAAUUUUACGUUUCGUAAAUGUGGUAUUUAUGUUGUAUUUAUGUUUAUUGUGAAAUGAAUAAAGUAUCCAAUGUAAUGUGA